UUUUUUUUUUUCCUUUUAUUAUCUUUUUUUUUUUCCUCUUCUUUUCACCUUUAUACAUUUUUUACUUCUGUCUCUCUCUCUCUCUCUCUUAUAUAACUCUUCUCUUCUACUUUAUUUCCUCAUUGGUACAAUAGAGUUUAUACAUUCAUCUACUUUUAUUCUUGAAUCUAUUUCUUUCUUUUUAAUCCACCUAAAAUGACUGUCAAGUCGCCUUUUUACAACAAGCCUUCGACGUCAACCAGUGUGGAUUCUUGCCAUAAAUGCCCGGCGAUACCAACCAAUAACCAGGACUUACACGUACCGUCAACUGAUUCAGUCAAUCUUCAGACUCAACAAGACCAGUCCUCUCCUACUGGCUUCGACCAACGAAUCUUGGAUACUUCCAACAAUGACAACACUUCUACUACUACUACUAUGGAUAGUGCUAAUGUCGUUGAACCGUGCAGCUCCAGUGCCGCGAUAUCGGAAUUUGGAACAACACCCUUGACCUCUUGUUCGAACUGUGGAACUCAAUCCACUCCUCUUUGGCGACGUUCUCCUCAAGGUGAAACUAUUUGCAAUGCUUGUGGUCUUUAUUUGAAAGCUAGAAAUACUACUCGUCCUCCAUGGUUGAAAAGAAAUUCUACAAAACGUCCUGUUCCUUUGGCUCCUGUGGCUUUGGCUCCUGCUCCUAUUGCUAUGAAAUUACCUAUUCAACCUUCACCACCUGCUAUUGUUCCCAUAUACUCUACUUCUUCUCCUUCUUCAUCAUCAUCUGGAUCAUCAUCUGAUUCUGUUUCUACUCCUGAUGAUACUACUGCAAGUGAUAGUGAACAAUCUGACAAGUCUGAUAGCAAUCGUUCAAUGAUUUGUUUCAACUGCAAUACAACAACAACUCCUCUUUGGCGACGUGAUGGUGACGGAAACACUAUUUGCAAUGCAUGUGGAUUAUAUUACAAACUCCAUAGUGUACAUCGACCUAUCACAAUGAAACGAUCUAUCAUCAAACGUCGAAAACGAGUGGCUAUUCCUGCUACUAUGACAACAACAACAUCAUCUGAUAUUAUUGGAAAUAAACGUAAAUCAAGUUUGGAUGAUUCUAUUGAUCAUGUAUCACCACCUGCAAAACGACUUGAAUUACCUCUUCUUGCCGCCAAAACAACAGCAACAACAAAAUCGAAUCAAUCUCUCACUUUACCCAAUGUAAGCACUAUUGUGGAAUCGAUGGAGCCUGAUGCUUUCAAUCGUCAUCAUCAUCGUCAACAUUUACCUUCACCACCUCUACAUCCUGUGAAAUCUUCCAAUUUGGCUAGUUUAUUGAAUCCAUCCAAUGAAAGUGAUAAGAGAUUACCUCCUAUUUCUUUACCUGGUUUACCUUCUCCUCCUAUGGUACCUCAUGAUACAAUGCAACCUUUAUCACCCGCCAGACCUUCUUCACCUUCUUCAUCAACACCAUCUACUACUGUCAAUUCGCCCAUGUCAUUACCAUAUGAACCUUCAUCCAACUCUACUGUCGCUGCUGCUGCUGCUGCUGCUUUUGCUACCGUGUCUGCUCUUUUGAAUCCCAAUGCCAAUCGACAACAUACACAUCAAAUGCUUGAAGCUCAUCGUCAUGAAUUGCAACGGGAAGUCACUAAUUUGACAUGUAUGCUUACUCGUACUACUGCCAUGUUGGAGAAUCUUGAUCAAGUGAUGGCUGUCACUGGAAAUAGAACAACAACUAUGAUGGAAACAAGCAACAAGAACAACAAUGUAUCUCAAUCCAUUUUAUCCUUUUCCAAGUCAUCCUCUUCCUCUACCACUGUUACCUCUUCAUCUGGAUGUUGAUUUACAAGUUGAUUCUCUUUCUUUUUUUUUAUGCUUUUAUUCAUUUCAAUCCUUCUUUUUUUUUUUUACUAUGAUAUUUAUCUUUAUUCUCUUUCUUUAUAUGAUCGUAUAAUAGUUUAGCAUGUUUUUUUUUAAAAAUUCUCUUCCUAACUUUU